AUGUGGAGAAUCCUCAAGACCAAGUGUAUCCUCCAAGGUAUCCACAACAACAAAGACCUCCUUACCAAUCUCAAGGAAGUCAAUUUCAGCCAAGGCAAGGAUAUGAGCAGAGAUCAUCAUAUCCGCCCAAGGAGCCAUAUGCUUCUUCACCAAAUCAAGCUCCUCCAAACCAACAAGGUGGGAAGAUUUGAAGGAAUCCUCCAACAGAUCAUGGAUGGCCAGAAGAGAAACACUAAAGAGAUGUAUGAGAAGAUGGACACUUUGUUCAGCAAUCUCAACACCAAGUAUGAUGCUGUUGCCACUCAUGUGAAGAAACUAGAGACUCAAGUCACUCAAACUAUGGAAGCUGUUAAGAGACAGGAAGCUGAAUCCAAGAAGUCCUUUUGCAACUCAGCCGCCAUAGAAGAAAGAUUUGAAGACCAAGUUCCAGAAUGGAUGCUUUCAAAACCUACUGUUGAUUGCAUGAUUUGGCCUGAAGAGAAUUACCCAGAGAGAGAGUCCAAUCGAGCUAGAAAGAGAAGACUCUUCCCAAAGAUUAUCCCCAAGACAGAUAACUCAGGAAAGUUUGUUGUGCCUUGUAUCAUCAAAGGUAACAUUCUUGAGCAAUCUUUGUGUGACACAGGAGCCAAUGUGAACAUCAUGUCUAAGAGGAUAGCUGACAAGAUAGGCCUCACCAAGAUAGAGCCAUCAUCCAUCUCCAUCAACUAUGCUGAUUCAUUCUCACAAACACCCUAUGGCUUUGUGCCUAAUGUGAUGGUGCAGAUUGGAAAUUGCUCUAUCCCUACUGAUUUCCAGAUUGUGGAAAUGAGAGAGAGUAGCCAUAGACCUCUCAUAUUUGGAACCCCUUUCCUGUCUACUGUGGGUGCCAUAUUUGAUUUCCCCAAUCAAAGAAUCUCUUUCAACAAGGUGAACAAGGGUAUGUUCUUCCCUAUGUGUUCAACAAAGAACUCUUUUGUUGACAUGGUCCAAGAGGAGAAAGCUACUUUGAAGCCACCCCAAGAAGGAGAAACUGAAGAAACAAUCAAGGAAGAUCCCAUUCCUAAGCCCAAGCAGCUUGCCAAACAAGCAAGGAGUAAGACUAAGGCCCCUACACCAAAACCGCCCAAGGGAUCAACCAAGAUUGAAGAUGAGGCCAAGCCAAGAAGGAAGGUUAGAAAACCUAGGUCUGGCCGCAACAUGAAGCUUCUAUUCCCAGAGGAGCUUAUUGAUGAGAAUCUAGAAGGAUUCAAGGAGAGAGUGACAAGAACUCUAAAGCUUUUUCCUAAGGCAGUAGUGCCAAGGGACAUUCAUGGAGAGAUUGUCUAUCCAGCUGUGAAUCACCCACCAGAUACUCAUUGCAAGGAGAAAAGACUUGGAGGAUCAAGAUGCCUCUUGUCUCCAUCUUCUCCUGAGCGCCAAGCCUUACAGUCAAGCUAA